CUUUGAGCCCUCCGGGUCCGGUCUUUAGUCUUGGCGCUUUUGCAGCCGGCGUCACCUGGGCGUGGGCGGGGCCGCCGAGCGGCGCUAGCUGGGUGUCCGGUCCUGGUCCCCUGGGCGUAGUGAAGGCUCCCCAGGGAGCGGGGCAAGGGGUGCAGGGAGGGACCGGGGCCCGCGACCGGGGCUGCGUGGGGACGACCGAGGCGAGCUGUGCCUGCGGGGCGUGGCGGGGUGGCACGGCGGCUGAGUGCGGCCAGGAGACCACAACGUGAUGGCAUUUGUGCUGGACAAGGCUCCAAGGAAAGUUGGAAUGUGAAGAUUCUCUCCUGCCCCGCUCCUGCUGAAGUCUUGAAGCCUCACAGGAACAGAAGCAGGACAUUGCUGUUGCCUGUUAUAAGCUCUGGCCUCAGUGGACUCUGCUUCUUCUGAGAAAUACAUUUCAGGGAAGACUGUUGAAUUUCUAAACCAUGGCCCGUGUAUCAGUGAUGUUCAGUGAUGUAUCCAUAGCCUUCUCUCGGGAAGAGUGGGAGUACCUGGACCUCUCUCAGAGGGAUUUGUACAAAGACGUGAUGAUGGAGAACUACCGCAAUGUGGCCUCCCUAGGCUACUUCAUUUCUAAACCAGAUGUGAUUUCCUUGCUGGAGCAAGGGAAGGAGCCCUGGAAGGUUGUGAGGAGGAGGAGGCGAAACCCAGAUUUGGAAACUAAGGAUGAGACCAAUCAGUUAUCCUCAGAAAAUGGCAUUUAUGAAAUGAAUUUAUCCCAAUGGAAGAUAAUGGAAAGAAUUGGGAACGGUAGCCUGAAGGGCCUUAUUUUAAAAAGUGAAUGGGAGUCCAAAAGAAAACAUGAAAGCCAAGAGGGAUCUCAGGAGGGAUAUCUCAGACAAGUGAAAAUCACGUCUGAAAAAAUGUCCUCUUACCAAAAGCAUACAUCUGCUACUCCACGUCAGAGAAUCCAUUUUGUGGAGAAACCCUAUGAAUGUAAUGAAUGUGGGAAGGCAUUUAGAGUCCGCCAACAGCUUACUUUUCAUCAUAGAAUUCAUACUGGCGAGAAGCCCUAUGAAUGUAAGGAAUGUGGGAUGGCUUUUAGGCAGACUGCACACCUUACCAGACAUCAGAGACUUCAUUCUGGUGAAAAACUGUAUGAGUGUAAGGAGUGUGGGGAAGCAUUCAUGUAUGGCCCAGACCUUAAAGCACAUCAAAAACUUCAUCCCGGCGAGAAGCCCUACGCAUGUAAAGAAUGUGGGAAAGCCUUCAGGGUACGAGGACAACUCACUCUCCAUCAGAGGAUCCACACUGGUGAGAAGCCCUAUGUGUGUAAAGAAUGUGGGAAGGCCUUCAGGCAAUAUGCACACCUUACUCGACAUCAGAAACUUAAUAUUGCUGACAGACUCUAUGAGUGUAAAGAGUGUGGGAAAGACUUUCUGUGUGGUUCUGGCCUUAGAGUACAUUACAAACUUCACACUGGUGAGAAGCCUUAUGAAUGUAAGGACUGUGGGAAGGCCUUUAGAGUUCGACAGCAGCUAACCCUGCAUCAGAGGAUCCACACUGGUGAGAAGCCCUAUGAAUGUAAUGAAUGUGGGAAGACCUUUAGUCGGGGCUACCAUCUUAUUCUCCAUCACAGAAUACAUACGGGGGAAAAGCCUUAUGAAUGCAAGGAAUGCUGGAAGGCAUUCAGUCGAUACUCACAGCUUAUUUCACAUCAGAGUAUUCACAUUGGUGUUAAACCCUAUGACUGUAAAGAGUGUGGGAAAGCCUUCAGACUGCUCUCACAGCUCACACAGCACCAGAGCAUCCACGCUGGCGAGAAGCCCUACACAUGUAAGGAAUGUGGGAAGUCUUUUAGGUUGCGUCAGAAACUUACUCUACACCAGAGCAUUCACACUGGGGAAAAGCCCUUUGAGUGUAAAGAAUGUAGGAAGGUCUUUCGACUUAAUUCGUCUCUUAUUCAACAUCUGAGAAUUCAUUCUGGUGAGAAACCCUAUGAGUGUAAAGAAUGUAAGAAGGCCUUUAGACAGCAUUCACACCUCACCCAUCAUCUGAAGAUUCAUAGUGUCAAAGUGUAACAGAGUCUUAUAGAACGUUCUAUGAAUGUUACAACUGAUCUCUCUUGCUCAUACAUGUAACUGAUCUGGCAUAAGAGGGUUUAUACCAUUAAAGGAAUGUGUUAAUUUAAUGUGUUUCAUUGUGUUCCAGUCUGUUCACAGCUGUAAUGCUUCAACACACUUAUUCUACAGUCAGUCCUACAUAUAAACAAACGUGGGGGAAAAUAACUCAAUUCUCUCACUCCAGUUAUAUUAGAACACUCAGUUGCUCUGGGCUGUAGAUUUUUUCAUUUGUGAACUGGUGAGCUAGAACUGGCAAAAAUGGCUGCAAGGUCUUCAAAACUCCAUCAAGUUGUGCAGUCCUCGUCCUUUUCUUGGAAUUUGGGCAGAUGCCAGUUUGCCCAGGAGAACAUAGUGGAAACAUGUCUGUACUGCUGUUGGGGCCCAGGCUCGACUCCUAGGGUUGCUGCAUCUCAGAAUAUUCUCUCAAGCUCAACUGUCAUAUUUGAAAAUCUGGCUGAAGAGACAUGUGAAGAGGCCCUGAGACCACACAGGCAGAGACCUUUGCUGAAGCCAGACUUCUGGAUAUGACCAUAUGAUACUAGACAUUGGGUAGGAAUAGUUUUGGAUCUUCCAGACCAGCCACCAACUGAAUGCCACUAAGUGACCUCAGUUGGCACCAUACAGAAGAAUCAACUGGCCACAUACUCAUAAAAUAA